GUGAACAUGGUUGGCACCCCGAAAUACUACAAAAUAUAUCACAAAAAAGACAAUAUGUCGUCGACAACUAUGUCAAAAUUGAAUCUGAACGACUUAAUUAUUUGCAUUUAAGUCAAGAUAAGCUUCGUAAAGAACUUUACCAAGGAUUACACGAUUCCUACCAAUUAGGGAUAACAAAUACAUCAGAAGUAGGAACUAAAACUAUUUUGCCAUCAUCCUUUAUGGGCAGUCCAC